GAGCAAAUCUUGCUUACUUCGUUCUAUCAGUACGUUAAAAUCAGUUGAUUCGCGUCUAGCACGGUUUGCAUCCUACCAAGGAAAGCUAAUUUCACCCAACAAUAACCGAAAGAUUGUAGACGAACAUAUCCCCUUUCCCAUCCACUGAAAAUACGACAAUGAAGACAGGAUCUGCGGCCUUGUUUCUGUUCCUUGGGGCAACCANGUAAGGCCUGAACAUGAUGUACUUCCUUAGCGUUUUCUACUGACGUCAAUGAACUGAAGCAUCGACAAGGAUUGAUUGUUGAAUUGUCCCGAAACAAACGAAAUCUGCCAGGGUUCAAGACUGCGCUGUCUUUGUGACAUCAAUGAGCAAAUCUUGCUUACUUCGUUCUAUCAGUACGUUAAAAUCAGUUGMUUCGCGUCUASCACGGUUUGCAUCCUAYCAAGGAAAGCUAAUUUCACCCAACRAUAACCGMAAGAUUGUAGACGAACAUAUCCCCUUUCCCAUCCACUGAAAAUACGACAAUGAAGACAGGAUCUGCGGCCUUGUUUCUGUUCCUUGGGGCAACCAGCACGAAUGUGGCUGCCUUCCAGCARCCCGUCGCGUACCAAAGCAGCAAGACCGCUCCGCUGAAGGCUAUCGGCAACGACGAAAACCACGGCAACGAAAUUUCUAGACGGGGCGCUUUUUCCAAGGCGGUCUCCGGUGCGCUCACUGCCGCUUCGGUGGCUGGAGUGCUCAACAGCGGGGGAGACGGGCAAUCGCUGCGACCGGAACCGGCCAACGCCAUUGGACCCGUCAAGAUCAACCUCCUCAACCCCACAUACACAGCCAUUCCCUGUCCGAAGGACAAGCCCAUCCCCGGAGAAAAGGCCAUGAAGGGUAUGCGUGGGUUGUGCGUAACGGUCAACGUGGACCUGGAGGAGUCUCCGGACCGUGCCCUSGACAAGGUCGGCGUCUACGGAUACAUUACGGACAAGGGCACCGGGGAAUCGGUUCUGGCCAACAACCCCGAUCUCAGUACCGAUGCGGGUCAGUUUGCUAUCAUUCCGAAGAUUGAAACCACCGAAAAGAAAACCCAAUUCGAGUUCAUUGCUGCCGUUCCAAGGGAAAUGGUGCGUUUGUGAAGGACUAUCGUCUUUCCAUGGUUUUUUUUCGCCGGUGAUCGAUGAGAUGGAAUUUUAGAGAAGAAAUCACRCGGAAAUCAACGCAGGGAUGGUUCCGGUAACGAUUUGUGUAUUUACUGCAUAACGUCGUUUGUAACUAACUCCUGCGUGUCUUGUUAUCUCUCUAUCGUGCGUUCUGUGCCUCGUGKUUGUGCCGGAUUGCGUUGCAUUGCAUCCGAACAAAACCGCAAAACGCAACGCACAACACAACGCAACGCAAACGAACCAAACAGGACAUGAGUCCCUUCGAAGAAGGAAUCGCCCCGCUGAACUUUGCCAGCCUGCGGGUGGUCAGUUUCCCGGGUGGCCAGCAAUACGGAGCGAUCAGCCCGUGCGAAAUGAACGAAUUCAGCGACGAGUGCGACGCCUGGGAGGAGGAGAACGGUCCGUACAAGAAGGCCGAGUACAUGGUCAAGAGCAACGAGCGCACCAAGGGGCGGUGAACGGAGCCAUUGCGAGACGGAAAACAGCAUCCCCCGACACAACGUAUCAAAGAUUUUAUUACAAUACAAUACACACAUACAC